AUGUCUGAAAUGGAACAGGAUAAUCAGGACAAUACAAAACUUUCCAUUAUAGAUUUUACAGCAGUAUCCACAACUUGGGUUCAUAAAUUAACUAAAGACAAAUUAAUUAUCGAAUUAUCUCAUCGAAAUUUAAUAACAACAGGGCUGGUAGCCGACUUAAAAGAGAUACUACUUAGAUAUUUGAGAGAAGAAAAUAAUCCAGAUGAGUUUAUCAGUGAAAAACCUAAAAAUAAUUGUGUUAUUGCACCUGGUGUUGAAAUGUUUGAUUUGUUUAAUGUGAGUCAUCCUUUGUAA